CAGAGUGUAUUACUCACACGAUGAUUUGCUUCUCUACAAAAAUUCAAUAACUGAAUCAUUUUCAAGUUCUACAUACAGAGCACAGGCAAGUGGAAUGGUUUUAUACAAUAAUUCCUUGUAUUACAACUGUUACAAUUCCAGAGACAUGUGCAGGUAUAACAUAGACACAGGCAGAGUACAGAGAGAAACUCUCAGAGGUGCAGCUUUCAAUAACAGGCAUUCUUAUGCCGGGAUUGCAUACCAGAACAUGGACUUUGCUGUGGAUGAAACUGGCCUCUGGAUUAUUUACUGCCCUGAAGCAAAUGCUGGAAAUGCUGUUAUUGGUAAGAUUAAUGUGACUACCUUCACUGUGGAAAAGACAUGGGUCACCAAGCUGUUUAAACCUAGUGUGACCAAUGCUUUUAUGAUAUGUGGGGUUCUGUAUGCAAUUCGGCCUGUGAGCCCACAGUCUGAGGAAAUCUUCUACACAUUUGACACCAGAACUGGGCAGCAAGGUAUGGUUUCCAUUAAGAUGAGUAAAAUCAUUGAACAACUCCAAAGUGUUAAUUACAAUAUAGCCGAUCACAAAGUCUGGAAAUCACUGGAGGAAAUCUGGGUCCACUGGGGAAUUUCUAUACUUCAACCUUGGGUUAGAUUUAGAUGCCAAAAUACCAACUUCUUCCUACCACACUUAGCCUCAGCAUUACAGCUAUCCGAUGAACUGCUGCUCGAGACAUUCAGUGCACUGACCCUUUGGUGCUCUGAGUACCCAUGA